AUGACUGAGCACAACUUCUCCUUGACAACUGAAUUUAUUCUCAUAGGAUUUACAGACCACCCACAGCUGAAGACCCCUCUUUUUCUGACCCUUCUGUUCCUGGCGUUCCUUACCAUCUACCUGAUCACCAUGGUGGGGAAUCUUGGCCUGGUGGCAUUGAUAGUUGCAGAGCAUCGUCUUCACACACCAAUGUACAUCUUCCUGGGGAAUCUUGCUCUGAUGGAUUCCUGUUGUUCUUGUGCCAUUACCCCCAAGAUGCUACAGAACUUCUUUUCCAAAGACAGAAUGAUUUCCCUCUAUGAAUGUAUGGCACAAUUUUACUUUCUCUGCCUUGCUGAAACUGCAGAUUGCUUUCUCCUGGCAGCAAUGGCCUAUGAUCGCUGUGUGGCCAUCUGCAAACCACUGCAGUACCACACGAUGAUGUCAAAGAAACUCUGCAUUCAGAUGACCACAGGGGCCUACAUAGCUGGGAACCUGCAUUCCAUGAUUCACAUCGGAUUUUUGUUCAGGCUAACUUUCUGUAGGUCUCAUCAAAUCAAUCACUUCUUUUGUGAUGUGCUUCCAUUAUAUAGACUCUCCUGUGCUGACCCUUAUAUCAAUGAAUUAAUGAUAUUUAUCUUUUCAGGGUCAGUUCAAGUAUUCUCUAUUAUCAUAGUAAUAAUCUCUUAUCUUCUCAUCCUUUUCACAAUUUUUAAGAUGAAAUCCAAAGAAGGAAAAGGCAAAGCCCUAUCCACCUGUGCAUCCUACUUUCUCUCCGUCUCAAUGUUCUACGGUUCCCUCCUCUUCAUGUACAUUAGACCAAAUUCAGUUAAUGACACAGAUAAAGAUAUACCUCUUGCUAUUUUUUAUACACUAGUUAUCCCUUUGUUAAAUCCUUUCAUUUAUAGUCUAAGAAAUAAGGAAGUAAUAAAUGUUAUGAAAAAAAUUAUGAAGAAAACAUCAUAA